AGCAAAUGUCAAACAAAUUACUGAAAUUGUGAAUAUUGUAAUAAUUUACACAUUUUUGGGUAAAUGUAGGAAUUGUUUAUAAAUUUACCUUUUGAAAAUCAUUCGUAAAUCAGUCGCUUUACAAAUACUGUAACGAUAUGUCAUUUACAAAAUAAUUUAUUGGUAUUGUAUCUCAACACGAGAGAUCUGGGUCUAAUUUGGAAUAGCAUUAGUUUGGUCAGGUUUUCGAAGCGAUCUUGUGGUGAAAAUGUCCGGCCGGAGGAAACCACCACCGCCAGGGUUUAGUUUCAAACCCCAAGAGGAACAAGUUACUGUGACUCCUCCAAGAAACCUGGACAAGCAAACCACUAUCACAGUCGAUGAUAAGACUUUUACUGUCCAUGCUGAUGACCUGGUGAAGAUUUGUGAUCUUGGACGUGGAGCCUAUGGCAUUGUAGAAAAGAUGCACCACAAACCCAGUAACACAAUUAUGGCUGUAAAGAGAAUUACAGCAUCAUUUAAUGCUCAAUCAUUGGAGCUAAAGCGUUUGUUGAUGGAUCUCGAUGUCUCUAUGAGGGCUAGUGCAUGCCCAUACACUGUCCAUUUUUAUGGUGCCAUGUUCCGAGAGGGUGAUGUAUGGAUCUGUAUGGAAGUUAUGGAUAUGAGUCUUGAUAAGUUCUACACUAAGGUCUACAAGAACAAUAAGACUAUAACAGAAAAUAUUCUUGGCAAAAUUGCAUUUUCAGUUGUAAGUGCCCUCCAUUACUUGUAUUCAAAACUGAGGGUCAUUCACAGAGAUGUAAAACCUUCCAAUAUCUUAAUAAAUAGGAAAGGGGAAGUGAAGAUGUGUGACUUCGGUAUCUCAGGAUAUUUAGUUGACUCAGUAGCUAAAACUAUUGAUGCAGGAUGUAAACCAUACAUGGCACCAGAACGCAUUGACCCAAGUGGUAAUCCUGGUCAAUAUGACAUUCGUAGCGACGUUUGGUCCCUUGGAAUAUCUAUGAUUGAACUAGCUACUGGUAAAUUCCCAUAUAACACAUGGGGCACACCAUUUGAGCAACUUAAGCAAGUAGUAAAAGAUGAUCCUCCAAGUCUUCCAAGUGGUCAAUUUACACCAGAGUUUGAAGAUAUGAUUACAAAAUGUCUCAAGAAAGAUUAUAAACAAAGACCUAAUUAUGAUGCACUUUUAACACAUCCAUUUUGCUUGGAGCACAGUCAGAAAGAAACCGACGUGGCCUCGUUUGUUCAAGAAAUACUAGAUUUACCCGAUGAUUCCUAGUGAUAGGAAUAAAUUAUUUACUUACCUAUAAGUACAAGUGUUUAGCAACUAACAAUAGUGUAGACAGUAGAGAUCAUAAUUAAAAAUUGUUAUUAACACUUAAUUUAUGGCAAGAUUAAGUAUAGUUGUUUAAAGGAUGUAGAUUUAUAUUUUGUAAGUCUGUGAAACAUAACAUUGAAGUAUUUUGUCUAUUCUAAAAGCCAGUGCCUAAUUUCUAACAGUGACUUGUAAGCCAUUUGUGAAUUGUUUAUGACAGGGCGAAACAUUAUAUACAUCACAAGAUAAAUUAGUCCAAAUAAAAUAUUUGUUUAAAA